UUGUCACGUGGUUUAAAAACUUCAGGAGGAUGGCGCGGAAAGUUGUCACACCACACUGCAGCCUAGUUUUCAGUUUAUGACAGCUCUGUUUACAUUUUCCUCCGGUGUACCGACACUAUCGGCUCGCUGCUGUCACACUGUGUGUGUGUUCCCCUUUUUAGUCAUGAGUGUGUUGGAGGUGAAGUUCAUUGGUGAUGGAGAUGCUCUGGAGCACAUCGUGGACAAACAGCAGGGUGUGCAGAGCAACAGUGCGUCUGUCCAGAAGAUGGUGACGUUCAAGAGUCCAGCUGGACGACGAGCCAGAGAGGAUGAAGGACAUGAAGAUGAAAAUGGACUUCUAGAUGAGCAACACUAUAUCCAAGCCUUAGGAACAGACAACACAGAAGAAGAUGAGGAGUGUAUGUCCAGAGUGGCUGGAUCGUCCAUUUUCACCUUUCAGAAAGUCAAACGUGGACACAGCAUGGCUCAGACUGCAAGUGAGUUGGCUCGGACUCCUGGGAAGAGCGUGACCUUCAGCACAGCACCCAACACUGAACCCUCAACUCCCACCCGAACAGGCCGCAAUAACAAAGGUGAAAUCAGGACACCACAGAGGAGGAAGAAGGUUCAGUUUGUCUCCACAACACCACACCGGCUCAGGAAGAGGAUGACAACUCCCAGUGUCCGGUCAGACAGUGACAGUGAGCUAUCGCCGUCUGACUCUGGGGAGGAGGAGGAUCAAGAUGUAGUGGAGGAGGAGCAGAAAGCAAAGAAAGAAGACAAGGAGAACAUGAAGACUCCAAGAACGCCCAGUAAAGGUUUAUCUGCAGCUCUCUAUAAGACUCCCGCCAAGAAAAGCAAGAACACUUCUGAACCCGUCAAUCAGCCCAGCAUGAUUGAGGAGUAUUUUGAAGCUCAUGGCAGCUCAAAGGUCUUGACAUCAGACCGCACCCUGGAACGUUUACACACCCCUAAACUUGACAGGGAGACUUUGGUCCAGCUUUUAGAGGGAAAGCCGUCCUGUUAUUCAAAAGAGAUCCAGCAGCUCCACAACAAACACCGAAAGCAUUUUAGCAAAUGGAUGUUACAGUUACAGUUGGGUUUCAGUGUGCUGGUCUACGGUUUGGGCAGCAAAAAAGCUCUGCUGGAGGAUUUCCGUGUGUCUCACCUGUCAGAAGAAAUUCACCUUGUGAUCAAUGGAUUCUUCCCUUCCAUCACUCUUAAAUCAAUCUUAAAUGCUCUGACAUGUGAGGUUCUAGAGCACCAGGGAAGUUUACGUACACCUUCAGACCAGAUCCAGUACAUCACUCAGACGCUAAAAGACAGCCCAGAUCUCCAUGUGUACGUGCUAAUUCAUAAUAUCGAUGGACUGAUGCUGCGAGGAGAGAAGACCCAGAGUGCACUGGGGCAGCUGGCAUCCCUGCCCAACCUGCAUUUGGUGGCUUCUUUAGACCACAUAAACGCUCCAUUGGUGUGGGACCAGUUUCAGCAGAGCCAGUUUAACUGGCUGUGGUGGGAGUGUGUGACGUUCCAGCACUAUGCAGAGGAAACGUCGUAUGAAAACUCUCUCCUGGUGCAGCAGACUGGCGCUCUCGCUUUGUCCUCCCUUACACAUGUGCUACGCAGCUUGACACCUAAUGCAAGAGGAAUCUUCAAACUGCUGGUGAAGUUUCAGCUGGAAAACAAAGAUAAUCCUUCAUACACAGGGUUGUCAUUCCAAGAUUUCUACCAGCGUUGUCGAGAGGCAUUCUUGGUUAACUCUGACCUCACUCUGAGGACUCAGCUGACUGAGUUCAGAGACCACAAACUGAUACGGACACGCAAGGGUGGAGAUGGAGUGGAGUACUUGAUGGUCGCUGUGGACACGAACACACUGACGGAUUUCCUGGAGAACGAAGAGGGUGACUGAGAAGAAGGCUUUGGACUUGUAUCACCAUACCAGCAAAUAGAUUUAAUUUGUUUAAAUCAGUCACUAGCUGUGCUUCCAUAAAUGUAUUUGAUGCAUUUUAGAGUCAUGCAUUAGAAAAGGUUUUUGCAAAAGCUUUUAGUCUCACUUGAGGUGGGUUUUGCCUUUUUCAGACAGGAGUUGAUGCGGUUAAUGAGGUGGAAACACAUCUUCCAAAUAAGUUUUGACAUAGUAAACAUUUAACUUAUGACUGAUGGUCUCUUCAUCUCUAUAACACAGUGAUUAACACUCCACAUACAUCUAAUGUAACCUUCCUCAAAUUAUACAUCUGGAUGGAAACACAGUACGGAAACUGAUAAAGGCCCAGUUCCAUCUGAUCAACAUGACAUGAGCCCAGCUUACAGGCUUCGCACAGUUUAAAUUAAUGGUUCAAAUCUAAUUAUCAGUGUAAAUGUUUUGACUUGUGAUAAAUGCCCCAUUGUAGCACUGUGACAUUCACAUCUUGGGUUUUCAUGGAUACAUGUUUCAUUUGUGGAAUUAAAAUCAACACUUGGAGUUA